AAUCAACCAUAUCAAUAAAAAAUAAUUCUUCAAUCAAGUCCCUCGAAGUAUCUAUCCAACCAGAUAACAGGAUUGAAAACGAAAAUGUCUGCUGUAAAGAUUGUCAUUAUUUCUGUCAUUAUCGCGACAGUGACAGCAGCUCCAGCUGCUCCAGACAAAAAUGAGAGAUCGGUUAAGCCAUUCUGGCAUCUGCCGUGUGGUGAAGUUAGUGAUAAUGAGAUCAUUCCAGCUGAGGAUACCGUUGAGGAGCUCAGGUCUGUCCUGAUUAGGCUCAGGCUCCAGCAUGAACUCACCCUCAAUGAUUAUCUCAGCCGAGAUUACGAGUUUCUUUAUGAACGGGUGAAGAAAGGGGUUCACAAGCAUCAGUACAUUCCAAACUGGAUCCCGGGGAAGCAGGAUGUCGAUAACACCAGGGGAUUGGCUGGAAAAGACCCACAAACCAUUGCCAAUCACCUGCCGAAAUUUCACUUGGACCUCCAGAAGUUUGCGGUGGCAAUCGAGGAGUUGAUCGACGACGAGCCGUCGGAGAAGAUCUUGACUGCCCUCAGGAGUACGCAGUCGUAUCUCCAGAUGCUGCUGUGCGAAGUGGAAAGUGUAAUUGUUACACUUCCGGGGAUUAAUCUCCCGGGGAGGGUCUCCAGGGGUAUAAUGACAGCAAUCCAGAGAGAGCCUGUUGACGAGACGAGGAGACUAAUCCGGGACUGGGGUGUCCUCCUCAAGUACAAGGACUACCUUCACGCCUGGAGGCAUGUCCUCGACUACUAGAUUUUUACCGAUUAUUUUGGAAAAAUUUUCUAGUCGAUAUUUUCACGCUCUUUAUCGCACCCGCCCUUCUCAUACCAGAACACCUCGGACGUGCACUAUUUAUAGAUUCGAUAUCGAUGACAUCUUAACAGUGGAUUUUUUUUUUCUGCAAUGUAAAUUUCGAUGCAAGUGACGACCGGUGAACGCAUCGGCAAAAAAUGAAAUGAACAGCCUCCCGUGCAUUGACGCAAAUUGGUUUAGCAUACGGGUGGAUAAUGAGUUUACACUGGGAUUAGGAAUUGAAACGGUCAAUGAUGUGGGGGCAGCGAUUUCUGGGACAGAAUUCAAAGGGUUGAAGGAUUUUAAUUCUAGGUGUCUCAGAAUUUUAAAACAGUAAAAAAUUUUGAGACAGGCCAUUGAAAUAUUGAAACGUCUCAAAAAUUGAGACAGUGGCACAAAUGUUUGUCUAUUCAUACGCGGUAUUGGUAUUGCCGCUGCAUAUCACAAUAUUUUCCGAGAAGGCAAAAGUUUGAAGUCAUUCCCCGUGACGGAUAAUUUUAGCGUCUCAGAUCAGGGAAUACCCUGCACUCCGUAAUCUUUAUUGCGGACUUAUUCAAAGGUAUUGACUGAUACUCGACAUGUCGGAGUAUCUGAGGCCACCGAUAGGUAAUUAUUAGUUUCUAUUUAUUAAAUUUGGGGACUGCUGUAUUUUUUUACAACGAUAAAGUAUUUAUUGAGUAUUCAUUGACCAAUUAGUGGAGUAGGUGACGCGUGAACUAAUUUUUGGAUUCGAAGAUCAGCCGAAUGUGCCUUAAAUAACCGAAAAUGUUAAUUAGUUCAUAUUGUCUCUGGCAUUUUAUAAUAACGAUAAAACAUGACGUCAUUAGA